AUGGACGUCCUGGGACAGAAUUGGAUGUCCUGGGACAGAUGGACGUCCUGGGACAAAAGUGGUCCUGAGACAGAAUUGGAUGUCCUGUCCUGGGACAGAUGGACGUCCUGGGACAAAAGUGGUCCUGAGACAGAAUUGGAUGUCCUGGGACAGAUGGACGUCCUGGGACAGAAUUGGAUGUCCUGGGACAGAUGGACGUCCUGGGACAAAAGUGGUCCUGAGACAGAAUUGGAUGUCCUGUCCUGGGACAGAUGGACGUCCUGGGACAAAAGUGGUCCUGAGACAGAAUUGGAUGUCCUAGGACAGAUGGACGUCCUGGGACAGAAUUGGAUGUCCUGGGACAGAUGGACGUCCUGGGACAAAAGUGGUCCUGAGACAGAAUUGGAUGUCCUGUCCUGGGACAGAUGGACGUCCUGGGACAAAAGUGGUCCUGAGACAGAAUUGGAUGUCCUGGGACAGAUGGACGUCCUGGGACAGAAUUGGAUGUCCUGGGACAGAUGGACGUCCUGGGACAAAAGUGGUCCUGAGACAGAAUUGGAUGUCCUGGGACAGAUGGACGUCCUGAGACAGAAUUGGAUGUCCUGGGACAGAUGGAUGUCCUGGGACAGAUGGAUGUCCUGGGAAAUCUGUUUCUGCCAGCCAAGGUUAUUCCGGCAGCGCUAA